CUCUCUCCCUAGAUGCUGAUCGAGGACGUGCUGAGCCCAGAUACGUGUGUCUGCCGGACAGAGGAGGGGCAGGUCUUGGAUGGCAUCCGGGAGGCCAUGCUGGAGACGGUCAUCCCCAGGGGUGCUGCGGACUGGGUGCUGGUGGUGCUGGGGGAGCACGCCGGCAGGGUGGGCCGGAUCCUGCAGCGCGACCAGCAGCGGAGCCGGGCGCUGGUGCAACUGCAGCGCGAUGAGGAUGGGGACGUCCUGGCGCUGGACUAUGACGCUGUCUGCCACUACGUGGGGGGCACCGAGGAUGACUGAGCCCCCUUCCCCCCUCCCCCCAUUCUGCUGGACUCGGGAUGAGGGCACGUCCUCUCUGGGGAGUGUGAGGACAUGGAUGGAGUCCGGCAGAGGGGGAACAUGGCCGCCAUGGCUGGGACUGAGUUCUAGAACAACUUCUGUGGGUUCCAGAGUGGUGAUUCAAUGGGUUCUGGAGCAGGAGCAGCAAGUUCUAGAACGUGACCCGGCUUGGGCUCUAGAGUGAGGACUAGAAUGAGAGUGAGUUCUAGACUGAGAUGGAAGCUGGAUUCGGGAGCAGAGACGAUGGGUUUGGGGAUGGUUUUCAAAUGGGCUCUAGAGCCAGGCCACUGUGUUUUAGAGCACACGGAGUGUGCACAGUGGAUUCUAGAGCAAGGUUUUUAAACGGUUCUAGGGUGGGGUUCAAACCGGAUCCAGGGCGACACUGGAGUGACCCUGUAAAGUGGGUUCUAGAGCCAGAGUAGAUGGCCCGGGCGGUAGAACCACGGGGUUUGAGAGCAAGGUUUACAGUGUGGACUGGAGGGAGGCCCCUGGGUCCUAGACCCAAACCGGACUGUUCUAGAGUGUGUGUGGGGGUGUUUAUGGCAGAGAUGGGAGUCAAUUCUAGAACAGCGAGUGAUUUCCAACAUGAUGUCGCCUGUGAACUCUGGAGCAAGUCGAGCUGCUUCUGGAGCGCCUGGGUUGGGUUCUAGAUCAACCCUGGCCCCUGCUGUGUGUGAGUGACCCCAGAACCCGUCAUUUCUGGAGCAGUGUUCCAGAGCCAGCAGGUUUAGGGGCGGGGAUGAUAGGGGAGCAGCCUCUGCCCCUUUGGCUGUGGGAGAUUGCGGGAUAGGAGGGCGUCAUGGGCAAGUACUGUCUGCGGAGGGGGGCUCAGCAGGAGACCUGGCAGGACCCCCCCCAUGCCAGCUUCCAAGAUGGCUGCUGGGCCUUCGACAGCCCCUUGCCCUUGGGCACUUUGUAAAGCAAAUGGUAUAAAAAAUGUAAAUAAACUGUGA